GGACCGCUCUCCUACAUUUUCAUCACUUCCAUCCAGCAUCUUCUCCCUUUCAUCUCAUUAUGACCUAUUUUUGGUCACGAGCGCUCGAGCUCCGGAUCUCAUCCCUCAGAUGAUGUGGUUUUCCGACGUACUGAGCAGCGUCGCAGGAUGCGCAGGUUUCGUCCGUCAGGUGGCGGAUGAUGAUGCUGAGGCCUGACCGAGUCGUAGAAGGAGAGAGAAGAUAAUGGUGGAGGCCUGGUUGGUGAGUGGAGGUUCUAUCGUAAACGCUGAGGCGGUAUGGGAUCAUGUGACCAUGGCGGAUCGCGAGUUGGCCUUUAAGGCCGGUGAUGUCAUCAAAGUGCUGGACUCGUCCAAUAGGGACUGGUGGUGGGGGCAGAUCGACGAGGAGGAGGGGUGGUUUCCUGCUAGCUUCGUUCGGGUGGACCCCAACUCCACCCAGCCUCCACCCAAGCAGCAGCUUUUAUACAUCAACCCCGUCGUCGCUCCGCUGAAGCUUUGGGCGAAUCAGGAGGAGACGGUGUUGAUGGACCCAGCAGAAGGUGGUAGCGAGGUUCAGAACGGUCACGCCGAGGCGAGUCCCAACCCGAGCAGCGACUGCGUGUGUUUGAGCACGACGACGCAGAACCGAGACCAGAUGAGGGCUAACGUCAUCAACGAGAUCAUGAGCACCGAGAGACACUACAUCAAACAUCUAAAGGACAUCUGUGAGGGUUAUCUGAAGCAAUGCAAAAAGAGGAGAGACAUGUUUAAUGAUGACCAGCUGAAGGUGAUCUUCGGGAACAUUGAGGACAUUUACAGGUUCCAGCUUGGCUUUGUUAGAGAUCUGGAGAAACAGUUCAACACCGAAGAACCGCACCUGAGUGAGAUCGGACCCUGCUUCCUAGAGCAUCAAGAUGGUUUCUGGAUCUAUUCGGAGUACUGUAAUAACCACGUAGACGCAUGUAUGGAGCUCACACGUCUCAUGAGAGACGCUCGGUACCAGAACUUCUUCGAAGCCUGUCGAUUGGUACAGCAGAUGAUAGACAUUGCCAUCGAUGGCUUUCUGUUAACUCCGGUCCAGAAGAUCUGCAAAUAUCCACUACAACUAGCAGAAUUGCUGAAAUACACUGUACAAGAGCACAGUGAUUACCGGUACGUUGCUGCAGCACUGGCUGUGAUGAGAAAUGUAACUCAGCAGAUUAACGAAAGGAAACGAAGACUGGAGAACAUUGACAAAAUUGCUCAGUGGCAGGCAUCCGUACUGGACUGGGAGGGUGAGGAUGUCCUGGAUAGGAGCUCUGAGCUGGUGUACACCGGAGAGCUGUCCUGGAUCUAUCAGCCUUAUGGGAGGAGCCAAACACGCGUCUUCUUCCUUUUUGACCACCAGAUGGUCAUCUGCAAGAAGGACUUGAUUCGACGCGAUAUCCUGUACUAUAAAGGACGGAUUGAUAUGGACCGCUACGAGGUCAUGGACGCCACCGACGGCCGGGAUGACGAUUUUAACGUCAGUGUGAAAAACGCCUUCAAACUGAGCAACAAAGACUCGGACGAAAUCCACAUCUUCCUCGCCAAGAAGCUGGAGGAGAAAAUCCGCUGGCUGCGAGCGUUUCAGGAAGAACGCAAGAUGGUGCAGGAGGACGAGAAAAUCGGGUUUGAGAUUUCAGAGUAUCAGAAGCGACAGGCGGCUCUGACCGUGAGGAGAGUAACUAAACAGAAAGGUGUGGGACGGUCGGCCCCGCCCUCCUACCCUCCCCCUCUGGACCCGGUAAACCCGGGGCACUUCCUCCUGCCGGACGGAUACGAGUACGAACCCAAACGCAGCACGUCACCUUUCUGGCACAACAUAAGCCGCUUAGCGCCCUUUAAGAAAUAACCACCGAGCGAAAGCAACCACCACAAACAACAAACAAACAACAAACAUACAAACAAACAAACAAUUUAACGUAAUGAAAAAGAAGCAGCACUACCCUGCGGGAAAAAAUCACCACCGAGCGAAAAAAAAAAACACUGACCGCUGCGAUUUUCUGCAACAAUCAAAUGUUAAAAAAAUAAGAAGCACUAUCCUGAAUAUGUUUUCUUUUUAUAUUUAUUUAAAGGAGGAGAGACUCAACACACACACACACACACACACACACACACACACACACACACACAGCUGGAGAGAAGAAGCUGUACUGGGUUAUGGCGCCCCCUGCUGGACUGGCUGCACUGAACUCUAUACACACACACACACACACACACACACACACACACACACACUGUAAUGGUUAUACACACUUGUGCACCCUUUUGGAAACCCCACCCACAAACCCUAUGUUGCCCCCGCCCCUUUUUGGGAAUUUUUCGAUGUUUUUUUUCCCUUUUUCUUCAAAUGAAAGAAGAAUCAUUUCCACGUUUUGAAGAAAAAAAGAAACACACACACACACACACACACACACCUGAAAAAGCACUAACGACUCUCCGUUCUCUAGCGCCGCCCUGGUGUUCCUCCGUGCACUGUGACUAAUCGGGGCAUUUCUCUCUCUCUCUCUCUCUCUCUCUCUCUCUCUCUCUCUCUCUUUCUGUUGAUGGCUUUUCAUUCUGUCUCUCCUGCAGCACUCUUUGGAUAUGUUUUUCCUCUUUCUGCGGUCGUGUUCGUGUUUCUCCGCGUGUUGCGUUUUUUUUUUUUUUUUUUCAUUUCUGCAUGAAAACACGCAACGGUCCGAUUGCAGGUAUUUUAUAAUCUUACGGGUCAAAAAGUGACUCAAAUGAGACGUUUUUGUAAUGAACAAAAAUAAGAAAACGA